AUGUUUCCGACAGUAAUACUGCUCAUCUUCUGCAGUUUUCUGCAAUCUGCCGCUUUUGAAGGAAGUUAUUGGUCCCACUUUUUUCUCCAAAACCAGAAAGAAUCUCUGCAAAGAAUUUUGAGCAAGGAUUCCUGUUCUACGUGGGGUGGAGGGCAUUUUUCAACCUUUGAUAAAUACCAGUAUGACUUCACUGGGACCUGCAACUAUAUCUUUGCAACUGUAUGUGAUGAAAUCAGCCCAGACUUCAACAUUCAGUUCCGCCGUGGGCUGGACAAAAAAAUUGCAAGGAUCAUUAUUGAGCUGGGACCUUCUGUUGUCAUUGUUGAGAAAGGCAGCAUUUCUGUCAGGAGUGUUGGUGUCAUUAAGUUGCCUUACACCAGCAAUGGAAUUCAAAUAGCACCUUAUGGACACAACAUUCGUCUGGUGGCCAAGCUGAUGGAGAUGGAGCUAGUUGUCAUGUGGAACAAUGAUGACUAUCUCAUGGUUUUGACUGAAAAAAAAUACAUGGGGAAAACCUGUGGAAUGUGUGGAAAUUAUGAUGGUUAUGAAUUAAAUGAAUUUGUGAGUGAAGGUAAAUUGCUGGAUACAUAUAAAUUUGCUGCAUUACAAAAAAUGGAUGAUCCAUCAGAGAUCUGCCUGUCUGAGGAGAUAUCAAUUUCCACCAUUCCUCACAAAAAAUACGCCAUGAUCUGCUCUCAGCUACUUAACUUGGUGUCACCAACCUGCAGCGUGCCAAAGGAUGGGUUUGUCAUUCGUUGCCAGCUUGAUAUGCAGGACUGCAGUGAGCCAGGACAAAACAAUUGCACUUGUUCUACAUUGUCAGAGUAUUCAAGGCAAUGUGCUAUGUCCCAUCAAACAGUGUUCAACUGGAGAACUGAAAAAUUCUGCUCUGUGGGAAAAUGUUCUGCUAACCAAAUCUAUGAGGAAUGUGGUUCUCCAUGUAUUAAAACCUGUUCCAACCCAGAGUACAGCUGUUCCAGUCACUGUACCUAUGGUUGCUUUUGUCCAGAAGGAACUGUUCUUGAUGACAUCUCAAAGAAUCGAACAUGUGUUCACAUUAGGCAAUGUCCAUGUACACUGAAUGGGAAAAUAUAUGCUCCUGGUGAGACAAUGAAGGCAGCAUGUAGGACCUGUAAAUGUACGAUGGGUCAAUGGAACUGCAAAGACUUGCCCUGCCCUGGAAGAUGUUCACUGGAAGGAGGAUCCUUUGUUACCACGUUUGAUUCUAGAUCAUACCGGUUCCAUGGGGUUUGCACUUACGUACUUAUGAAGAGUUCCAGCCUGCCACACAAUGGAACCCUAAUGGCUGUAUAUGAAAAGUCUGGUUAUUCUCAUUCUGAGACAUCACUUAGUGCUGUAAUUUACCUAUCUACAAAGGACAAAAUCGUGAUUUCUCAGAAUGAACUACUUACUGAUGAUGAUGAACUUAAGCGGCUACCUUACAGAUCAGGAGACAUCACUAUUUUCAGACAGUCCUCGAUGUACAUUCAAAUGUAUACAGCCUUCGGGCUGGAACUUGUAGUGCAAACAUCACCUGUGUUCCAGGCCUAUGUGAAAGUUGGAUCACAAUUCAAAGGCAGAACCCUAGGUUUGUGUGGCAAUUACAAUGGAGACACUACAGAUGACUUCAUGACUAGCAUGGAUAUCACUGAAGGGACAGCCUCUCUGUUUGUAGAUUCCUGGAGGGCAGGAAAUUGCCAUCCUGCUUUAGAGAGAGAUACUGACCCUUGUGCUUUGAGUCAACUGAACAAAAUAUCUGCUGAGAGUCAUUGCUCCAUUCUUACCAAGAAGGGUACAGUGUUUGAGAAAUGCCAUGCUGUGGUGAACCCUAUUCCUUUCUACAAGAGAUGUGUCUACCAAGCCUGUAAUUACGAAGAGACCUUUCCUUAUAUUUGUUCUGCUCUGGGAUCAUAUGCACGAACAUGCAGUUCAAUGGGUUUAAUCCUUGAGAACUGGAGAAACAGUAUGGACAAUUGUACGAUUACUUGUACUGGCAAUCAAACAUUCAGCUACAACACUCAGGCAUGUGACAGGACAUGCUUGUCACUUUCCAACCGAGCCCUGGAAUGUCAUCCAACUGACAUCCCUGUUGAAGGCUGCCAUUGUCCUAAAGGAAUGUACUUGAACCACAAGAAUGAGUGUGUUCGUAAAUCUCAUUGUCCCUGCUAUUUAGAAGAUAGAAAGUACAUCUUGCCUGACCAGUCAACAAUAACUGGUGGGAUUACCUGCUACUGCGUUAAUGGGAGGCUAAGUUGCACAGGCAAACCUCAAAAUCCUGCCGAAAGUUGCAAAGCUCCUAAGAAAUAUGUAUCAUGUUCUGACAGUUUAGAAAACAAGUAUGGAGCUGCAUGUGCCCCUACCUGUCAGAUGCUGGCUACUGGAAUUGAAUGUAUACCCACUAAAUGUGAAUCAGGCUGUGUCUGUGCUCAUGGGCUAUAUGAAAAUCUCGAUGGCAGGUGUGUUCCAGCUGAGGAGUGUCCAUGUGAAUACGGUGGUCUUGCUUAUGGAAAAGGUGAACAGAUCCAAACCGAAUGCGAGAUCUGCACUUGCACAAAAGGCAAAUGGAAAUGUGUUCAGAAAUCAAAGUGUUCCUCAACGUGUAAUCUGUAUGGAGAAGGCCACAUCACCACUUUUGAUGGACAGCGUUUUGUGUUUGAUGGCAACUGUGAAUACAUAUUAGCUAUGGAUGGCUGCAGUGUUAAUAGACCUGUUUCCUCUUUCAAAAUUGUUACUGAGAACGUCAUCUGUGGGAAAUCAGGGGUUACAUGCUCCAGAUCCGUCAGUAUUUACCUUGGGAAUUUGACAUUCAUACUGCGAGAUGAAACCUUCACCAUUUCUGGGGAAAAUCCUGGAAUACAAUAUAAUGUGAAAACGAAUGCCCUUCACUUGAUGUUUGAUAUUAUUAUCCCAGGAAAAUACAACAUGACCCUUAUCUGGAAUAAGCACAUGAACUUCUUCAUCAAGAUCUCCAGAGAAACACAGGAAACUAUAUGCGGUUUGUGUGGGAACUAUAAUGGCAAUAUGAAGGAUGAUUUUGAAACUCGAAGCAAGUAUGUGGCAUCAAAUGAAUUGGAAUUUGUCAAUUCUUGGAAAGAGAACCCUCUCUGUGGGGAUGUAUACUUUGUAGUGGACCCCUGUAGCAAGAAUCCUUAUCGUAAAGCAUGGGCAGAAAAGACAUGUUCCGUCAUCAACAGCCAAGUCUUUUCUGCCUGUCACAACAAGGUGAAUCGUAUGCCCUAUUAUGAGGCCUGUGUUCGAGACUCUUGUGGUUGUGACAUUGGAGGGGACUGUGAAUGCAUGUGUAAUGCCAUUGCAGUAUAUGCCAUGGCAUGCUUAGAUAAAGGUAUCUGCAUUGACUGGAGGACACCUGAGUUCUGUCCUGUCUAUUGUGAGUAUUACAAUUCUCAUAAAAAAACAGGAAGUGGUGAUGCUUAUUCCUAUGGCUAUGACGACAACUGCACCUGGCAUUACAGGCCUUGUAAUUGUCCAAAUCAAAACUACAAAUAUGUCAACAUUGAAGGCUGUUACAACUGCUCUCAUGAUGAAUACUUUGACCAUGAGAAGGAAAGAUGCAUGCCAUGUGGAGAUGAAAGCACUAGUACCACACCUGAAACAUCCUCACCUUCAACAGUGACAACAGUGCAGCCUAAAGUAGCAAGAAGCUCUAUCACAAGUACCCUACCAACAGUACCUAGUAUUUCUUCUUCUGCAGCUACUGUAUCAACUGAGACUACAAAUCCAACAAUAACCUCAAAAAUCACAGUUCCAAAAACUUCAUCAGCAUCACCUCUUGUCACAAUAAAGUCAACAACUGAACAUACAACAUCAAUUUUUACUACAUCAAACAUGACUACAACCAUCACUACCCCUUCUAUAACGACCUCAACAAAAAGAACCAUGACCACUAAACCAAAGCCUACACCUGUUGCCUCAUCAACUGCUGCUUCAACAGAGAUGGAACAUUUAAGGUUCACCACACCACCCUUCAAGACCACUAUCAAAAAGGAAAUGACAACCACCUCAGUACUUACUCAAACCACAUCUCAGAUCACAACUUUCAGCAAGCCUAAACUAGCAACAGUAGCAAGGGAGCCAACCAGAGCUAAGACUCCAACUAGUAAAGUAGUAACAGCCUUCACCCACAAAAAGACAGCCACGCCACACCCUGUGCCGCCUCUCACCACGCAGAAGACCACCGCCACCACCUCCGCCAGCAGCACCUCCAAGACCUCUGUCUCCAGAGAGGCCAGCCCCGCUAGCAGCACAGAACUCCCUCUGACAACGACGUCUCCAACUCCCAGCUCUCCGCCUGCCCCCAGCAGCCCGCUCCGCACUCGGCUGCCAUCUGCCACCACUACCACAGCCUCCUCCACCUCGGCCCCAACCACCAGCCCCAAGCCUACGCCUACAACCCUAAGGCCCAAGCCCUCUUCCCCGACGACGACUGCUCCGACAGAGUCGCCCGCACCAGAGUCCUCCGCACCCUCCACAGCCAAAACCAGCCCGCUGCCGUCGCCUGCUUCUUCUCCCUCCUCAACUGUGUCCUCAACAUCGCUGAGCUCCUCACAGCCUCCCUUCACCCACAAAAAGACAGCCACGCCACACCCUGUGCCGCCUCUCACCACGCAGAAGACCACCGCCACCACCUCCGCCAGCAGCACCUCCAAGACCUCUGUCUCCAGAGAGGCCAGCCCCGCUAGCAGCACAGAACUCCCUCUGACAACGACGUCUCCAACUCCCAGCUCUCCGCCUGCCCCCAGCAGCCCGCUCCGCACUCGGCUGCCAUCUGCCACCACUACCACAGCCUCCUCCACCUCGGCCCCAACCACCAGCCCCAAGCCUACGCCUACAACCCUAAGGCCCAAGCCCUCUUCCCCGACGACGACUGCUCCGACAGAGUCGCCCGCACCAGAGUCCUCCGCACCCUCCACAGCCAAAACCAGCCCGCUGCCGUCGCCUGCUUCUUCUCCCUCCUCAACUGUGUCCUCAACAUCGCUGAGCUCCUCACACCCGGCAGCCUUCACCCACAAAAAGACAGCCACGCCACACCCUGUGCCGCCUCUCACCACGCAGAAGACCACCGCCACCACCUCCGCCAGCAGCACCUCCAAGACCUCUGUCUCCAGAGAGGCCAGCCCCGCUAGCAGCACAGAACUCCCUCUGACAACGACGUCUCCAACUCCCAGCUCUCCGCCUGCCCCCAGCAGCCCGCUCCGCACUCGGCUGCCAUCUGCCACCACUACCACAGCCUCCUCCACCUCGGCCCCAACCACCAGCCCCAAGCCUACGCCUACAACCCUAAGGCCCAAGCCCUCUUCCCCGACGACGACUGCUCCGACAGAGUCGCCCGCACCAGAGUCCUCCGCACCCUCCACAGCCAAAACCAGCCCGCUGCCGUCGCCUGCUUCUUCUCCCUCCUCAACUGUGUCCUCAACAUCGCUGAGCUCCUCACACCCGGCAGCCUUCACCCACAAAAAGACAGCCACGCCACACCCUGUGCCGCCUCUCACCACGCAGAAGACCACCGCCACCACCUCCGCCAGCAGCACCUCCAAGACCUCUGUCUCCAGAGAGGCCAGCCCCGCUAGCAGCACAGAACUCCCUCUGACAACGACGUCUCCAACUCCCAGCUCUCCGCCUGCCCCCAGCAGCCCGCUCCGCACUCGGCUGCCAUCUGCCACCACUACCACAGCCUCCUCCACCUCGGCCCCAACCACCAGCCCCAAGCCUACGCCUACAACCCUAAGGCCCAAGCCCUCUUCCCCGACGACGACUGCUCCGACAGAGUCGCCCGCACCAGAGUCCUCCGCACCCUCCACAGCCAAAACCAGCCCGCUGCCGUCGCCUGCUUCUUCUCCCUCCUCAACUGUGUCCUCAACAUCGCUGAGCUCCUCACACCCGGCAGCCUUCACCCACAAAAAGACAGCCACGCCACACCCUGUGCCGCCUCUCACCACGCAGAAGACCACCGCCACCACCUCCGCCAGCAGCACCUCCAAGACCUCUGUCUCCAGAGAGGCCAGCCCCGCUAGCAGCACAGAACUCCCUCUGACAACGACGUCUCCAACUCCCAGCUCUCCGCCUGCCCCCAGCAGCCCGCUCCGCACUCGGCUGCCAUCUGCCACCACUUCUACGUUUUCUUCUGCUUUGGCCCCAACUGCCAGCCCAAUGCCUACAGCUACGGCCAUCACUACUUCCACAGUUAGGUCUGCUGAGAGUACUACCUAUUUUUCCUCCGAAAACACCACAUUUACUCCACAUGGCAAAAUAUCUCCAUUAGUAGUUCCUACCAGUAUCUCUGCCAAGUCCACUCCAGUUUUGAUCCCAACUGUUUUAUCUACAAUUACUUUUGCUCCCAGUGUUAUUACUACUGCUUCCACAGAGUCAGUUGAAAGGACUUCUUUGCAAACAACAACAUUAGCCACUACCCGCACUACAUCAUCAUCUUCUUUCACCUCUAGACUUUCAACAUCCUUGUCUUCUGUUGUACCAUUAACAGUGCCACAAGACCAUUGUAGAGAACACAAGUAUGAAGAGAAAAUAACUUACAAAGGCUGUUCUACAAACGUCACUUUAAGCCGAUGUGAAGGAUCAUGUCCAUCUUCAACAAAGUUGAAUGUUGAGAAGAUGAUGGUCAACACCGUAUGCGGCUGCUGUAGGCCACUUCAACUUCUUAAGAAGGAAUUCCAACUACCAUGCCAAGACCCAGAUAACCCUGGAAAAAGGCUCAUUACAGAAAUAAUUGUAUUUAGCAGCUGUGUUUGUAACUUUGACAGUUGCAUACACUAG